CUGUGACUGGCACCGUGCAACGGCCGGCGGAGUGGUUUCAGCACCGGAGAAAGACUGAGCUGCAGAAGUGCCUUCGGUGUGUGAUCGUCACGAUGCGCUAGGUGCCCCGGCUACCGCUCGCUGUAUAGGACUCGAUCCGGCCGCUCUCCGACGCGACGCAAAUCGCCAGCUCGGACCACGGCCGCGGAAGAAAGCGAGCGCGUCUCUGCUCAGCCAGAGGGACCCGAUCGCCGGCGCGUUCCUCCGAGGUCGACAAGUGUUUCGAUCCGUUGCAACUGCGCCGAAGCUUCGAGACGCCGUGCAGCGUCGAUGUCGCGGAAACAGUCGGCUCCGACGCGCCAGAAGUCGUCCACCUCGGCCAGCCACAAAGCCACCACGAACGUCGACGGCUACUUCGAGGCGCGGUACGGAUUAAGGCGCGCAGUGAGCGUGGCGUGCGGACUGCCAUCCACAUGCUGCUCGAACGAAAAGCCAAAGCGUAGGAACGUCGCAAGGAGGGGCACGCCGAAGACGCCGUGCGGCGAAACGGAAGAAGACGCUUCGGCUGGCACAGAGGCAUGUUGCGCUGGCUACAGAUGCGAAGAACGAGUUAGCGCUACUUCUUUAGAAUCUCUUGAGCCAGUAGUUGUCUCCGCGGGACGAAAACGAAGGAUCCCGCAAGGAAAAACCACCAACCAGCAGGUUCGCGCCAGCCAAGUCGGCAAAAAACUGAGUUCGCUACUCGAAUCCACGGCAAGUACAACGCGUCGGCAGGCUGAGCAACCAGCAGUUCUCUCAAAAAACGUUCGCAAGCGUAAAGGUCGUUCGCCGCCUUCUGGCGGGGCGGCCGAAGUACAGCAGGGACGCGCCCAAGUUAAAGGAGCAACGCAGGCAAAGCGUCGAAAGCUGACUCAGGGCGGGCAACAGCGCAAGCAAGGCGAGAGGAAGGGCCGUCAAGAAAAUGGUCGGCGUCAAGUCGUCGACCGAGGGUCUCCAACGCCCGCGAAGCAGCGAACGCGCAGUGCGUCGAAGACUGCGGCUGCAAAGAAAGCAGCUCUAGGCCGGACAUGCAGUGCAUCUAACAACAAGGCAUCGAAGAACGAUGUCAGCACAAGCAAUGACACCAUCGGACCCGCAUCGCAGUUGCAUUCACUGAGAGCGUCGUUGGACAAAACGCCUCUCGGUGGGCCUGUUGGACUUGUCGCGCACGUGCAACAACCGUCUGCUGUCGCAAAUGGCGGAGGUCGACUGCUUCUCAACUGCGACACAAAUAAUCCCCAGGGUAUACUGAAGACGUCGGCUACUGUCCCUGGUUCCAGUGAGGUACCAAGUACCGUAACGGAUAUCCUGCUUUCCUUUCAAGGAAUGUUUAUCGAUCAAGACACGUCUGGCACUAGACCCGAGAGCCCCCUUUCAUGUCAACAAAGGGACUCCUUAAAUGGCGACAGCGGGAUUGUUUUGUCCGAAAACCCUCCUGCUCAGAAGAGGUGGUCGGAGCACGGCGACGUGCUUGAAGAUAGCCAGAACAUUCCGCGCGAGCGAAGUCAUUCACUAGAUUGCGCUUCCGAACCGAGUCUGUGUGCCGCUGAUAGCGUACGAGUACGUGUCGAACCCAGACGGCAGAGACAGUGUGGUGAUGAUGACUUCCCUGUCCCGUCAACAAGCUUGGCUCCUCCAAGGACGACAACACCCGAACAGGGUGUUCGCGUUGAGCGCCAAAACUCUCUGCAAGAGCCUACGGAGUCCCCAGUUCCCAUUCCCUAUACCUUGCCACUAGAACAAAGAUUGGCUCAGGUUCUUGAUGACACGAUUUUUGCACCUGCCGAGUCUGAGGCGCCUCCUGCUGCGCGGAGAAAAUCGGCAUACAAGGGGCUCGCUGAAUUUCUUACCCAGCGGACGCGGCGCCCAUUCAGUUUGGUUUCUACUUUGAAGCACAUGCCUUUUUUGCGAAGGCCGUCUGAGCUUGAAGAAACGCGUGUUGCGCAAUCAGUUUCCACUGAGCUUGGCCAGCCUGGAGCUGCUUUCUUGCCCACACGUCCUGCAGAUGAUACACUUGUGUCGCAAAGCAUUUCUUCACAGUCUAGGGCGCCUGCUGGCGAUGAGGCAGGCGCAGCGUCCAGUGGCGUUGCUUCUUUUGAAAACCCGCCUGCAGAUGACGACGUAAUCGUCGUGUCCCAAGUGCCUCCACUUCGGUGGAGGAGCUCUGCAGCUGACGAUGACCUUGUGAUUAUUGAAUCUUCGGAUUCGGGUAGUGGGAGGAGAGAGCGGGCAAGCGAUACGUCCGAGACCGCCUCCCCCUCUGAACGCAGAGGGUCAUAUUACAACGCCCCCGCCGGUGAAGGGACGAACUUCGGUCAUGAUCGCAUCCGCGAUCGCAUGCUCGAGUUGAACACCGCGGUAGCUUUUUACGUGCUGCAGCGGUGCCGAGAAGAGGAGGCAGCGUGGCGAUUACUUCGUCUGUACCACUGUGGCAGCCGUUCGACCGAAGCCUACAUCGCAGAAGUACGCGGUAUAAUGCGCUCUGCCCUCGAGCGUAAUCGACUGCAAGGGAACAGGCUAACGACAGCGCUUCGUACAAUUGAGAACACCGCGAACACGCGCUGUCAGAACGCUGGCGUUAUGGAGAGCGGCAGCAGCGACUAGCGAAUUCCUCUUCAUGCCGCUGCCUCUCAUUUCAAAGCGCACCAGUCUCGCGAGAACAGAGCGUACACACGAAGCCAUCGGCUAUCACACGUCCGCCUUCGAACCCACCGCAGACUGCCUCCAAGAUCGGAAGCGCGCGGCCGCGCACAGCCGCCGUAGCUGGAGAGAGAAACGA